CAAAAUUCUUGCAAAUCCCUUGCAAAUUUACGAGAGAAAUGUUUCAUCGCAAAUUUGCGAGAGAUUUGCGAGGACGCUGUAACUUCCAUCGUAAAUCUCACGCAAAUUUGCGAGAAAAAAUUUUCCUCGCAAAUUUGCGAGAGAUUUACGAGGAUAAUAAUUUUUUUUGCAAUUCCGUUGCAAAUCUGUCGCAGAUUUGCAAGAAAAAUUUUCGCUCGCAGAUUUCCCUUGCAACCGGCGUGUUUUCUUGUAGUGUUUGUGUAUUAUUUAUAUUAAAUUAUUUUAAAAUUUUUAUACAUUCUAAAUGCAAAUGUCUACCAAAAGCUUCAUACGAAAGCAUUGGAUAAAGAACAUUUAGAGAGCAUUUGCAACAUCUAAAUGAUAUUUUAAAUGUUUUUUGAAAAGUUGUUGAUUGGAUAAUUAGAAGUAUAAUGCAUAUACUAAUGUUCUGCCAAUCAAACAUUGAUUCUCUCCAAUUGAGAGAGAGGGAGAUCGAGAGGGAAGAGAUGAAAAGAGAGUAGUACUAAAAUGGUACAAGUCUUAGGGAUGGGCAAUGUAGAUUUUGAUUUGAUCCAUUAUUCGUUUUGAUUCAUUUCAAAAUAUUUGAUAAUACUUAUAAUUUAACAAAUCAAAACAAACAUUAAUAUUUAAUAUUAAUUUAAAAUAUAUAAAAUCAAAAUACCAAAUUUAAGAAAUAGAUCUGAUAUGAUCCAACAUAUGUAUUUAUAUAUGCAACCGUCUUUCGUCAUUCACAUGGACCAAGAUCUCCCGGUGUGGGCCACAUAGUCAAUAUGUGUCUGUAUAAAUCGAUGACAAAAACAAAUAUAUAUAUUGAUGUGUUGUGAUUUUGCAUAGUUUUAGCUUUGUUAUUUCAUAUAUAUUCAUGCAUUAACCUUACAUUUAUUUGCAUUUAGAGUCUAUUGCAUGUACAUUUGCAUCUUGUAGGUGUUGGAUGAAUUGUUUGGAGUUUUGGAGGUGAUUAGAGCACAAAAGGAGCUUUCGAGGAGUCUUGAACCGAACGUGUGAAAGACAAGCAUGGAUGAAGGUCUUAAAGAUAUCUUUUGAAACUUGUCUUUUGGGAAGACAUGGUAAAUUGAGUUAGCUUUACAAUGGAGGUGGUUUCAAGUCGUUUGGAGCUGUAUUGAGGGAUUUAUGAUCAAAAUACUACACACAUAUCAGUGUGUGCAACAUGGAGAAAGUGGAGAAAACUUUAAUGAGUGAGUUUUAUCUCUUUAAAGCUUGCAACAUGGGGGAUGGGUUGUCUAUCAUGAGUUUGGUGGCUCUUUUGGCCUAACUUUCUCUACCUUUUCUGAAGAGGCAAGACUACUUUGGCCCUAUGAAGGGGCAAAAGGUGUUCUAUAAUGGAAGAAAGUGGAGAAUAACUUUUAUGAGUGUGUUUUAUGCUUUAUGCUUUCACAUGAUGGAUGUGUUGUCAUCCUCCUUUACUUAGGCUAUAAAAGAGACUGCAAGGGGAAGGAGGAAGACACAAUACACAAAGUACAAUACAACAAAGAGUAGAGAGUGAAAGUUUUAUAGUUUCAUAUUUUGUAUUUUGAGAGUUUGAGAAAAAACAUUUGUUCUUGGAGUGUUCUUGAAGUUUAUGUUAUAAAGUCUUGUUUUCCUUUAGCCAUUCUCUUCAUCUAAUUUCUGUUUUUCUUGUUUUCAUAUAUCAUAUCAUCUUGGGUAUGCUUCUAUCCAUCAUGGGAUUAAGUGUAAACAAGAUGAUUAGUGAGUAAUCACCCUUAGGAUCAAUGGGUUAGGUAGAUUAAUGGGUGAUUAGGGAAGAGUUAAGGUGUUCUAAUGGUUAAAUGCUUAGAUUUCUAUGCUUACUAAGUAUUCUUAAUGCUAGAUUAAUUUUGGCCAUUUUAAUCUAGAUUCUAAGUGUUUGUAGGGCAUCGAAAGUGUUUGCAUAAUGCUUGAAUGGACCUAGUAAAGCUCUAGCUUGAAUAACCAAGGAAUUGUUGUUAGGAUUGCUAGAUGGUUAGUAGACUAGAACUUAAUGUAUGUUUGAGUGAACAAAACGAACGGAAGUUGAUGUUUAGUUCAUAAUUGCAUAAGGGUUUCUACCACGGGAGUGGAUUAAUCUAAAUUGAAUGAAAUCUAGACCUAUAGAAAGUUAAGAUUAUUUGAAGUUAGACGCCUUGAUUUAGAACUAUCACCUUGAAAUCAAUUGUCUAUAUACCCAUUGGUUCUUCUUUGUUAUAUUUGAAUUAAAACUCAAGUUAUUUCGCACUAUUACUUGUUACAAACAAACAUCAUUUGAUUGCACUUAGAUUGAGAUAAAUGGCUUGCAUUCUUAGUGCUUAGAAUCACUAGAGAUUGGAUUGACAUCUUAAGUACUACAACACUUAAGGAUUAAACUUAUCCUUUAUCAAGUUUUGGCGCCGUUGCCAUUCUCUAGAUUGAUUUUGACAUUAGGAUUUGGUCAUUACUUGAGACUAAGUCUUAUUUUUCAUUUUUAAGUUACUAAUUAUCUAUCUUCAUCUCUAUUUGGAUGACAGGUGCAUGAACUUGAGAAGCAAAGGAUCAACAAAUCUUGCACCAAGAGUGGACAACAUCAAAGCCUUAGAAAGAGAGUUGGGAAGACAGAGAAGAGAAAGAGAAAAGCAAGCCCACUUACAUAGAUUGGGGCUUGAGAUGGAGAGAAACCCGAAUCAACCGGAAGGUGUCUAUGAAGUUGAUGAUCAUAGACAAAAUGUCCAAGGAGUUCCUCCUGGAGCUGCUCAAGAGGAACAUGGCCAAGGAGCUGCAAACCUUAGGCCUCAAAAUCAACAACGCCUGGGAAGAUCCAUUGGCACUUAUGAUCAACCUAACAUAAAUGGGAAUAGGUUGGGCAUUAGGGCACCGCCAGUUGCCAACAACAAUUUCGAGAUCAAGUCAAGCCUCAUCAACAUGAUUGAAAACAACAAGUACCAUGGACUUGCCUUGGAAGACCCACUAGAUCACCUUGACAGAUUUGAUAAGUACUGUGGCUUGUCAAAAACAAAUGGAGUUUCAGAGGAUGCUUUCAAGCUCAGAUUGUUUCCCUUCUCUUUGGGAGACAAGGCUCACACUUGGGAGAAAAACAUCUCAAGUGAUACUAUCACCACUUGGGAUGAAUGCAAGAAGGCCUUCCUCAACAAGUUCUUCUCAGCUACAAGGACUGCCAACCUUAGAAAUCAGAUCUCUGGUUUUCAACAAAGAGGACUUGAAGGAUUUUUAGACGCAUGGGAGAGAUUCAGAAGCUACCUGUCUCAAUGUCCUCACCAUGGCUUCAACAAUGAGAGCUUGCUAAGCACUUUCUACAGAGGAGUCUUGCCUAAAUUCAAAAGCCAGCUUGACACUGCAAGCAAUGGAAACUUCUUGGGGAGGACUGUGGAAGAUGCUUUAGAACUCUUGGAGAACAUGACACAGAGUGACUCUGUCUACAAUGAUGAAUAUGAUAGAAGAGACAGAGGUGGUGGAGGAGAAGAUAUGACCACAAAGAGAGAGCUGAAAGCACUUCAAGACAAGAUUGACAUGCUACUAUCAGAAAAGACCAAGAAAGAGGAGUUACAUAUGGUUGCUGAAGUUGAUAGAGUAGAAUGCCAAGAAGAUAUGUACUAUGUCAAUGCUCAGGGUACAUGGUACAAGAAGGAGCCUGACUAUCAAUACCAGAACAACUACCAACAGAAACCCUUCUACAACAACCAACAGAAGCCAUUCAACAACUACCAGCCAAGACCAUUCUACAACAAUCAGCCUAAGCCAUUCUACAACAACAACCAAGGUGGUUACCAACCCAAACAGAACUUCCCUCCUGGAUUCUCACCAAAACCAAGUCAACCUGCACAAGACCAAGCUGGAUCAUCAACACAACCUCCACAAGAGAGUAGUACUGAAGCUAUGCUGAAACAAUUAUUGGAGGGACAAGCAAGAAGUGAGAAACAAUUAGGGUAUGAGCUGAAAAAUCUCCACAACAAGAUUGAUGGGAAUUACCAUGAUCUAAACAACAAGUUCAAAGCCUUGGAGAACCAGUUUGUCUCUAUGACAGCCAGCUCAAGUCGCCAACAAGGUUCCCUACCUGGAAAGCCUGAACAAAACCCAAAGGAGACAAUAAAGGCAAUCACCCUAAGGAGUGGAAGAGAGUUGCCUCCUAAAGUUCUCAUUAAGGAUAAUGAGAAACAAGGUGGGGAGGUGGUCAUCAAUGUAGAUGAUGAUGUGGUGAUUGUGGAUGAGAAGACUAAUGAGGAAAUCUUGGAGAAGAUAGUUGAAGCUAAGGGCAAGAGAAAGAUUGGAGAGGAGAAAGUUGAGAACAAAAAUGAGGCUGCUACAUCAACAAAGGAGAAAUUGUUCACUCCUCCUCCCUAUGAGCCAAAGCUUCCCUUUCCUGGAAGAUUCAAGAAGCAACUCCUAGAGAAGUACAAAGCCUUGUUUGACAAGCAAAUGAGUGAAGUUCAUCUCACCAUGCCCAUAAUUGAUGCAUUUAUGCUGGUUCCACAAUACAGCAAGUUCUUGAAAGAUGCUGUAGAACAAAAGAAGAAAGAGAUGGAAGGGAUGGUGAUUCUUACUCAUGAGUGCAGCGCCAUUAUUCAGAGACUGACUGUCCCAAGGAAGCUAGAAGACCCUGGUAGUUUCACCCUGCCAUGCGCCAUUGGACCUUUGACAUUUGAGAGAUGUCUAUGUGAUUUGGGAGCAAGUGUCAGCCUCAUGCCACUAUCCAUUGCCAAGAAGCUUGGGUUUACACAAUAUAAAAAGUGCAAGAUCUCUUUGGUGCUAGCUGAUCGAUCUGUCAAGCUCCCCAUUGGCAUCCUAGAAGAUCUUCCUGUCAAGAUAGGAAAUUGUGAAGUGCCUACUGACUUUGUAGUGCUUGAGAUGGAUGAAGAGCCUAGAGAUCCUUUGAUCUUUGGAAGACCUUUCUUGGCAACUGCUGGAGCAAUGGUGAAUGUGAGAGAUGGCACAAUUGAUCUCCACCUUGAAAAAGAUCACACUCUCCAUUUUGAUAUCAAGGAGAUGAUGAAGAAGCCCACAACUCAAAGAGAAAUAUUCUACAUUGAUGAGAUGGAUGUCUUGGCUGAUGAUUUCCUUGAGGAGUUAGCGAUUGAGGACUCUCUUCAACAUGCCCUGACCAUUGAAAGAGAGACCCAAAUGAUUGAAAACAAGGAGAGUGAUGAGCUAGUAAGAAGGCUAGAUGUUCACCUUGAGGAGGAUGGAGAAGAUGAGUUCAUGGAGUUGCCACAAGUGACUCAACAUGCUGCCUCAGCAGACAUUCAAGAGAACCUCCAUGAAGCUGAUUGGAGUGAGCUCAAGGCACCAAAAGUGGAGCUUAAACCUCUUCCCGAUGGUGUAAGGUAUGCUUUCCUUGGACCUAAUGAGACAUAUCCUGUCAUUGUGAGUAGUGAGCUGACUGAGAAUGAAUUGUCUAUGCUUUUAAAUGAACUUAAAAAGUAUAGAAAAGCACUAGGAUACUCACUUGAUGACAUUAAAGGAAUCUCACCAUCUUUGUGCAUGCAUAGGAUACAUCUAGAGGAUGAAUCUAAAACUUCAAUUGAACACCAAAGAAGAUUAAAUCCUAAUUUGAAAGAUGUUGUUAAAAAAGAGAUAAUCAAAUUGUUAGAUGCUGGUGUGAUCUAUCCUAUCUCUGAUAGCAAUUGGGUUUCACCUGUGCAUGUAGUUCCUAAAAAGGGUGGCAUAACAGUUGUUAAGAACGAAAAUGAUGAGUUAAUACCAACAAGAACAAUAACUGGACAUAGGAUGUGCAUUGACUAUCGAAAACUGAAUGCAGCCUCUAGAAAGGAUCAUUUCCCUUUACCAUUCAUUGAUCAGAUGUUAGAGAGGCUAGCUAACCAUCCCUAUUAUUGUUUCCUUGAUGGAUACUCUGGAUUUUUCCAAAUCCCUAUACACCCAAAUGACCAAGAGAAAACGACAUUCACUUGUCCUUAUGGUACCUUUGCAUAUCGAAGGAUGCCAUUUGGACUGUGCAAUGCACCAGCAACAUUCCAAAGAGCAAUGAUGUCGAUUUUCUCUGAUCUUAUUGAGGAUGUAAUGGAGGUGUUUAUGGAUGAUUUUUCUGUAUACGGUUCUUCGUUUGCUACUUGUUUGUCAAAUCUUUGCAGGGUAUUACAGAGAUGUGAGGACACUAACCUGGUGCUCAAUUGGGAGAAGUGUCACUUCAUGGUCAAGGAAGGGAUUGUUCUUGGACACAAAGUUUCUGAGAAAGGAAUUGAAGUGGACAAAGCCAAGAUAGAUGUCAUGGUUGGUCUAGCUCCACCAAGAACAGUGAAGGAUAUAAGAAGCUUCCUUGGCCAUGCUGGUUUCUACAGAAGGUUCAUCAAAGACUUCUCCAAAAUAGCUAGACCAUUGACCAAGCUGCUGUGCAAGGAGAUCAUCUUCAACUUUGAUGAAGAAUGCCUAGAAGCCUUUAAGAAGCUGAAGGAGGAGCUCACCAGUGCCCCAAUAGUUCAACCACCAGAUUGGAGUCUACCCUUCGAAAUCAUGUGCGACGCCAGUGACUAUGCUGUGGGGGCAGUCUUGGGGCAAAAGAAGGACAAGAAGACACAUGUGAUCUACUAUGCUAGUAGAACACUUGAUGAUGCCCAAAUGAAGUAUGCCACAACUGAGAAGGAGCUGUUGGCAAUUGUCUAUGCCUUCGAGAAGUUCAGGAGCUACCUGGUAGGGUCUAAGGUCAUUGUAUACACUGAUCAUGCUGCACUACGACAUCUACUAGCCAAGAAGGAUGCCAAGCCAAGGCUGCUCAGAUGGAUAUUAAUACUACAAGAGUUUGAUCUCGAAAUCAAGGACAAGCCAGGAGUGGAGAAUGGUGUAGCUGAUCACCUUUCAAGAUUAAGAGUGGAGUGUGGGAUUCCUAUUGAUGAGGGACUCCCUGAAGAGCAGAUUAUGGCUAUAGAAGCAAUGGUCACAGCUUGUGAGACUGGAAGGAAGAUUGAAGAAAUGAAGGCAAUUGAUGAAACAGGCCCAUGGUAUGCUGAUCUAGUGAACUACUUGGCAUGUGGAAGGGAACCAUUGAAUCUGACAGGCUAUGCAAGGAAGAAGUUCUUCAAGGAUGUGAAGAGAUACUACUGGGACGAGCCUUACCUCUACACUCUUUGCAAAGAUCAAAUCUAUAGAAGAGUAGUAGCUCAAGAGGAGGUGGAAGGAAUCCUCACACACUGCCAUGGAUCAGCCUAUGGAGGUCACUUUGCCACCUUCAAGACUGUCUCCAAGGUGCUACAAGCAGGAUUUUGGUGGCCCCAUAUGUUCAAAGACACACAAGAGUUUGUGUCAAGGUGUGACCCAUGCCAAAGGAGAGGGAACAUCACCAAGAGAAAUGAGAUGCCUCAAAAUCCUAUCUUGGAAGUGGAAGUGUUUGAUGUGUGGGGCAUUGACUUCAUGGGACCAUUCCCAUCUUCCUAUGGUAAUGAAUACAUUCUUGUUGCUGUGGAUUAUGUCUCCAAAUGGGUGGAAGCUAUAGCCAGCCCAACCAAUGAUGCUAAGGUUGUCCUCAAGAUGUUCAAGAGCAUUAUCUUCCCAAGGUUUGGAGUCCCAAGAGUUGUGAUCAGUGAUGGAGGCACCCACUUCAUCAACAAACUUUUUGAGAACCUUCUUAAGAAGAAUGGUGUCAAGCACAAGGUGGCAACUGCUUAUCAUCCCCAAACAAGUGGCCAAGUUGAGAUUUCCAACAGGGAGAUAAAGUCCAUUUUGGAGAAGACUGUGGGGACAACAAGGAAGGAUUGGUCUACAAAGCUUGAUGAUGCACUUUGGGCCUAUAGGACUGCUUUCAAGACACCCUUGGGAACCACUCCCUUCAAUCUUGUCUAUGGGAAAGCUUGCCAUCUGCCAGUGGAGCUUGAGUACAAGGCAUUAUGGGCUGUUAAGAUGCUGAACUUUGACAUCAAGAGUGCCAAAGAGAAAAGACUUUUCCAACUCCAUGAGCUUGAUGAGAUUCGACUUGAUGCUUUUGAGAACUCAAGGAUUUACAAAGAAAAGACCAAGGCAUUCCAUGACAAGAAGAUCCUGAAGAGGGAGUUCAACAUUGGAGAUCAAGUGUUGCUCUUCAACUCUCGAUUGAAGUUGUUCCCUGGAAAACUUAAGUCAAGAUGGUCCGGCCCUUUCAAGAUCAAAGAAGUGAGGCCAUAUGGAGCAAUUGUGCUUUGGAACAAGACCGGUGGGGACUUUACAGUGAAUGGCCAAAGAGUCAAGCUGUACAUGGCGGCCACACCUGAGAAGGAAGGAACCUCGGUUCCACUUACCGAUCCCAAACCAGCCUAAACCAAAAAGGGGUAGUCAAGCUAGAGACUUAAAACAAGCUCACUUGGGAGGAAGUCCCACAUCUAUCCCUAUAUAUAUUACUGUUUAACUUGUGUGGUUUUUCUUUUGUGUGUUUGAUAAGUGUGUUUAAAAUUUUCAGGUGAUUCUCCACUUAAUCAAAGAAGAAAGAUGGCCAUCCAGCAAACCUACAAGUGUUAAAAUUAUUCAACUCCAUCUAGCAACUCCAAGCUAAGUGUCUCUACAACCAUUGGAAAUAUAUAGUUUUCAUGUUUGUUUCUUCUAGACCUCUUCUUUCACCUUGCUCUCACACAAGAGACUGUGUGAAGUAAGUGUGGGGGGGAGAGUCUACUUAUCUCACAUGUUUUCUGUUUUGUUUACUUGUCAUAAGCAUUGCAUAUCCAUUUGCAUAGAAAAUCCAUAAAAAUUUGCAAAAUUCCAAAAAUUACAAAAAAAAAAACAUUUAGUUAUAUCAUUUGCAUCUUUAGGUUUGAGUCUAGAUCAUAUAGAAUGCAUAGGUAAAAUCCUUACAAAGGACUCAUGCAAUGAACUCAUUGUUGAUACCCUUUUGAAUCAUAAUAAGUAGCUUGAGCUUCUUCUGAAUUUCUUGUAGACUUCGAGCCUUGAAAACUCCUCUUAAGACUCAUUGAAUCUUACUCUUUGAAACCAACUCCGAUCUUAGUUGACUUAAAUGAACUUAAUGCUUCUUGCUUAUGGUCUCUUGAGUACUAAAUCAUGGCUUUACACACACUUGAGCUUGUAUAAACCGUUUUACCAAUCUUUUUGACAACUCAAGUGGUAGUCCAUACCCUAAACCCUUCCCUUCUUUCAAACCAUCAUUAAUUGUUGAGUGAGGUCUUUUUGUGAAAGCUUGUCAUGUGCAAAAUCUUGAAAGUAUUAGGAGCGACAUUGAUUUGUUCUCAUCUCUUGCUAGCAUUAGGACCUCUUUUGGGCUAGCAUCUAGGAUGGUGGUUGGAAUGAUGUGCUUUAAUUAUUUUGAUCUUGGGGAUUGAAUUGGGAAA